AUGGCGUUGAGCACCCAAACUGGGUCUGCUGGUUCAUCAUUUCCAUGGAAAUACGACGUGUUUUUGAGCUUCCGAGGCGAAGACACCCGGAAGGGCUUCACAGAUCAUUUAUACCACAAGUUGCAGUGGCGAGGAAUCAACACUUUCAGGGACGACCCGGAACUUGAAAGAGGCACAGCCAUCUCCCCUGAGCUCCUUACAGCCAUUGAGCAAUCAAGGUUUGCGAUCGUUGUUCUUUCGCCAAACUAUGCUUCUUCAACUUGGUGCUUGCUUGAACUGUGUAAGAUUCUUGAAUGCAUGGAAGAGAGAGGGACGAUCCUGCCCAUCUUUUAUGAGGUGGAACCCUCUCAUGUGAGACAUCAAAGGGGUAGCUUUUCUGUAGCUUUUGAUGAACAUGAAGAGAAAUUAGGGGAAGAUAGCAAGGAAGUGGAAGGAUGGAGAGAUGCUUUAACCAAAGUGGCUAACCUCGCUGGCUGGACUUCGAAGGACUAUAGGUACGAAUCAGAGCUAAUCAAAGAGAUAGUGCAAGCACUGUGGAGCAAAGUUCAUCCUAGCCUUGCAGCAUUUGGUUCCUCAGAGAAGUUAGUCGGAGUGGGUACUAAGCUGGAGGAAAUAGAUGUUCUCUUAGAUAGAGAAGCAAAUGAUGUUCGCUUUAUAGGGAUAUGGGGGAUGGGCGGGCUGGGCAAGACAACUCUUGCUAGACUAGUUUAUGAGAAUAUCUCUCAUCAAUUUGAAGUUUGCAUCUUUCUUUCUAAUGUUAGAGAGGUUUCCGCAACCCAUGGGAUAGUCCAUCUACAAAAGCAGAUGCUUUCCCAAAUCCUGAAGGAAGAAAAUGUACAAGUAUGGGAUGUUUAUAGUGGAAUCGCUAUGACUAAGAGAUGCUUUUGCAAUAAAGCGAUUCUUCUAGUUCUGGACGAUGUGGAUAGAAUAGAGCAAUUGGAAAACUUGGUGGGAGAAAAUGGCUGGUUCGGUUUGAGGAGUAGAAUCAUUGUAACAACUCGAGAUCGACGUAUACUAGUCACACAUGGUAUAGGUGAACCAUAUGAGUUGAAGGGAUUAAACGAUAAGGAAGCUCUCCAGCUCUUUAGUUGGAAAGCCUUUAGAAAAUAUGAGCCUGAAGAAGAUUAUGUAGAAGACUCUAAGAAUGUUAUUAGCUACGCUGGAGGUCUUCCCUUAGCUCUUAAAACUUUGGGUUCUUUUUUGUAUAAAAGAAGCCCACAGGCAUGGAGUUCUACAUUGAAAACGUUAGAGGAAACUCCCAACAGAACAGUUUUUGACAUCCUGAAAGUGAGUUAUGAUGGACUAGAUAAGAUGGAGAAGAAAAUGUUUCUAGACAUUGCUUGCUUUUCUAGAUGGUAUCAAAACAAGUAUGCACUUGAACUACUUUACAGUUCCGAUGUUGGCAGUCAUAUUGCAAUUGAUGUUCUUGUUGAGAGAUCUCUCAUAAGUAUUUCAUUGGAAAAUAAAGUAUGUAUACAUGACCUGAUCAAACAAAUGGGAUGUGAAAUUGUUCGUCAAGAGUCUUAUGAAGAACCUGGUAGACGCAGUCGUUUGUGGCUUCCUAACGACAUUGCUCAUGUAUUUACAAAGAAUACGGGAACAGAAGUGAUUGAAGGCAUAUUCUUACAUUUGCCUAAAUUAGAAGAGUCGGAUUGGAAUCUUGAAGGCUUCUCUAAGAUGUGCAAACUGAAGUUGCUCUACAUUCAUAAUUUAAGGCUUUCUGUUGGCCCCAAAUAUCUUACUAAUGGCUUGAGAUUUCUGAAUUGGAGUUGGUAUCCUUCAAAAUCUCUCCCACCAGGUUUUCGACCUGAUGAGCUUACUGAACUUAGUUUGCCCCAUGGCAAUAUUCAUCACCUCUGGAAUGGAAAAAUAUACUUGGACAAGUUGAAAUCUAUCGAUCUUAGUUACUCCAUAAACUUGGCAAGAACUCCAGAUUUCACAGGUAUUCAAAACCUUGAGAAAUUGGUUCUUGAAGGUUGUACGAACUUGGUUAAGAUUCAUUCAUCUAUUGCAAUGCUCAAGAGACUCAAAAUCUGGAAUUUUAGAAACUGCAGAAAUAUUAAGAGUUUACCAAGUGAAGUAGAAAUGGAAUAUCUUGAAACAUUUGAUGUUUCUGGCUGCUCAAAGCUGAAAAUGAUUCCAGAAUUUAUAGGGCCAAUGAAAAGAUUAUCCGAGGUUUCUUUGAGUGGCACUGCUGUUGAGAAAUUGCCUUCUUCAUUGGAGUAUUUGAGUGAGAGCUUGAAGAAGCUUGAUUUGAGUGGAAUUGUUAUAAGAGAGCGGGCAUACUCCCUUUUUGGCUUAUUUCCAAGAAAGAGUCCUCACCCUUUGCUUCCUCUGUUAGCUUCCUUGAAGCAUUUGUCUUUUUUGAUGAAAUUAAAUCUGAAUAACUGUAAUCUUCAUGAAGGAGAAAUUCCCAAUGAGAUUGGUUCUCUGUCCUCCUUAAAGCACUUGGAACUCGGAGGAAAUAGUUUUGUUAGCCUUCCUUCAACCAUUCAUUUGCUUCCAAAGCUUGAAACUAUUAAUGUGGAGAAUUGCAGAAGGCUUCAACAAUUGCCAGAACUUCCAUUAAAUGACACGUUACAGCUCAGAACUGACAAUUGUGCUUCCCUACAAUUGUUUCCAGAUCCAGCUGAUUUGUCCAAAUUAUCAGAAUUUACACUCCUCUCCAUUAACUGCGUUGGUAGUAAUCAAGAUUCUUGUUAUUUCUUUUAUUCAGUACUGCAGCGGUUGGUUGAGGAAAACCCUUAUUCUUUUGAUCUUUUCCGUUUUGUAAGUCCUGGAACUGAAAUUCCUGAGUGGUUCAUUAAUCAAAGUGUGGAACACCGAGUGUCUGAGAAGAUACCUUCAUGUGCAAGUAAUAGCAGCAAGUGGAUUGGGGUUGCUGCAUGUGCUCUUUUCGUACCUGAAGACAAUCCGUCUGCCGUUCCUGAAUAUGAUGGUUUAUGUCCUGAUUCUUGUGACUUUCGCUGCCAUUGGAACGGAUAUCGUAAAGGUGUGCUGGAUGUGGGUGGUUUCACAGUAGGAUCAGUUGUUUCAGAUCACCUUUUCUUCGUAGUUUUGCCCAGUCGCUUCUUGAAACCUGAGAACUGUCCUGAGGACACAUUGACAGAGGUUAAGUUUGCUUUCUGUAGCAUUCGAUCUGUAGGUAAUAACAGAUGCUUCAAGGUGAAGAAAUGUGGGCUCCGUGCACUGUACGAGCAUGACAGUGAAGAGCUUAUCAGUAAAAUGAAUCAAUCCAACAGGGGAAUUUGUGUUUACAAAACCAUAAAUUGUGAUUUAGGCAAAUCAGCAUAUGAACAAGGUGGUGCCAUCGUUAAGGGCACACCCAAGGGAGCACCAAGCAUAAGUGGAGGCAGUGAGGAUGAAUACUACUCUGCUGAGGAUUGA